UUGUAUGUUUUGAUGAUAAAACAAAAAAUGUUUUUAUGUUUUGUUUACAUUUUGUUUACUAUUAUUAUUAAUAAGUCUAUUGACUCACACAUUGUCUGACUAUUUGUUUUGUUUUGUUUUGUUUUGUUUGUCUGUAUGUAUGGUCUGAACAAUCACUUUGUUUGUUGUCUUUCAUCAAAUUUCAUUGUCCCGAUCAUCGAUUGGCGGCGGCCUCGUCAGCGUCAGCGGCCGCGACCUUACAGUAACCACCAAAAUGUCUUCACCACCAAUCGCUUGUUCAAUGUCCUCCUCCUCCGCCGCCACCAAUUCAUCGGCGAUAGUUGUCAACGACGUAUUGGACGAGUUGUACGAAGAAAAUCGUCGACUGGCCGAUGAAUUGGCUUACGAGCGGCGAUUGACUGCCGUAUUGGACACUAUCCGUCGCGAUUCACUUGUAUUGGUCAACGAUUGCAAAUGUAAUCGACAACUACAACGAAAAUCAGUUGGCAGUGGCAGUGGUGGCCGCAGUUCGACAGCCGACGAACGUGUUCACAGACUUAUUGACAAUAAUAAAUUAUAUCAGCGGCUGAUUGACGACAAACAAUCGGUAUCGCAAAUCAGUGGCCAACAACAACAACAACAGCCGUCAAGACAUGAGCUGGCAUUCAAUGGCAAGCAUUAUGUCAUUGAGGACUCGGCGGCGAUAUCCACGACGACAUCUAAGCGCAGAUCAUCGAUGCAAUCGCUACAAGAGAAACACCAUUUGCCACCCGAUGUGACCAUAAGUGAGAUCAGUAUUGUCGGCGGUAACGGUAUUAGUGGUGGCCAACAGCGCACCUCCGGUGGUAAACAAUUGUCGUCGUCUGUCGGUUCGCCUAAAAAUUCAUCGUUGUUGUCAUCGAUGGCCUAUCGAUGUCUUAAAUGUAAUAAAACUUUUUCCAAUUCAGAUGAUCUCAACCAUCACUCGAAUACUGUUCACCGAACCAUUCAAUCACAGUUUCAUUGUCGCGAAUGUCGCCUUAUAUUUCCAACACGUGAACAGUUGACCACACAUUUGAUUCAGGAGCACACCUACAGCGGAGGUGGUGGUGGUAGUAGUAGUAGUGGAACAGGUAAUCGUGUGUCGCUGCCACAGAUUCCACAAUUUAGUUGCCAAAUGUGUCCGAAAGUUUUCCAAAAAGGAUCGGCACUAUUGAAUCACAUGUCGGUCCGGCACAAUGUAGCCGCCUAUCGGUGUCCGACGUGCGACUGGAAAGGCCGGUCGACACAGUCGCUCAACUAUCACUACAAUGCCAGACACUGUCCGAAAGCAGCGGCAAACUCGCCAAUGAAAUCGUCGGCUAUGCGAAAGAUUGGCCGACGUGUACGCUGUCAGCACUGUGAUUGGACGGGCAAAUCGUUGGCCGCCAAAUCACGUCACAUAACUACCACUCAUAGAAAAGCGUUGGACGACAAUGAAAGUGGUGGCAAUAAUAAUAAGUCAUCGAAGUUUACAUUUAUGAGCCAAUCGUUGCGUAAUUGGUUAGAGACGACACCGCCGAAGACAAAAGUGCAGUCAAAGCCACAGCAGCCGUUACUGCCGCCGCCGCCUCCACAACCGUCGAAAACAACAAUUACCGGUAAAUAUCGUAAAACUAUAUACAAGUGUCCGCUUUGCGAGUGGACUGGUAAGUCAGCAGCUUCUUAUUGUUAUCAUAAAAAAGUUCACAAGAAAUGGGAAGCCAUGAAAAAGUCGACGACAGCACCAGAUAGUCAACAAAAGUUUACAUUUGUUUCAGACAUAUUGAAAGGCAAAUCUACCGUUAAAUCUAAACUUCCAGUAAUUCGCAGUAUUAUAUUGCCAACGGUUACCGCUUUGGACGAUCGCCAAAGUACGGGCGCCGCCGGCGACAAUGUCUACUACCGGUGCUACGAUUGCCAAAAAGAUUUCGAUUCGGUAGACGAUUUAAAAAGACAUGCAUCGACUGUACACCAGAAUAUUCAUCCGUAUUGUUGCGACAAAUGUUCGGCCAUUUUCAGCUCGUGGUCACAAUUGUCUACUCAUUCUGAACAUAUGCAUAAUCGUCAAUUAGAUCAGCCCUCCUUCUCAUCAGCAGCUGAUCCGUUAGAGUACGUUAGUACCACCUACUCGGCAGCCAACGAACCGGCGGUCACUGUUGUAGCGCAGCCAACAAACAAGACGACGACAAUUAUCGGUAAAAAUACGUUUAUGAAGACGAAUGACAAACAAAACAACUCACGAAAACAAAAGCCUAAGACUGAUAGUUUCAAAUGUCAGAUCUGUGUGUUUGGCGGCAAAAAUAUUGUCGAACUUAUCCGACAUUUGGCGGCCGAACACGCCGUCAAUGGUUACAAUUCCACUCUAUACCAGUGCAGCGAAUGUACGGCCAGUUUUUCGAAAGACAUUAGCAUCAGAUAUCACUUGACAUCCAUACAUAAGAUUCCGGCCUUCGAGUGUCUCCAAUGCUUUUGGGUCGGUAUGUCUAAACAGUCGCUCAAUUAUCAUGAAAAAAGCAAACAUCAGAUAAAUAGUAGUAUCGGCAGUAGUGGUGGUGAUGUUAGCGGUAAUGGCGAAGAAUCUGGUGGCGAACAAUUGAACGAUAAAUAUGUCGGCGGCAUCAAUGACCGAAUGAUGCAGCAAAUAAUGGCCACCGCUAUCUCGGGCCACGCCCGCGAUAAUCGAAGCAAGAAACAAUCGAUGCAAUCAUCAUCAUCGGAUGACCAAUUGGCGGCGGCGGUUACCGGUGGAGGACAACAACAUGACGACUUGCGUGACGAUGUUAUCACUAGUGGAGAUAUGGAUGACAUGAUAUUGGACUUUGACAUUGAUAUAGUCAAACAAGAAGUCUCUGACGAAUUAAUACAAUCCAUUGCAGCUGAAUAUCAGCCACUUCUUCCUGUUACUCAUGAUAUUAUCAAAACUGAAUCUGAAUUUUUUUAAUCACUAAUUUUUUGUUUGUUUGUUUGUUUUGUUUGUUUUAUUUAGUUUUUAAACAUUACAUUUACACACAAUU